CAUCAUUUGUGGCAAUGCCGAAUGCCAGAUUGAGUCACAGGCGGGACACAACUAGUUACAUGUUCUAACUUGUUAGUUCUAGAGCCCAUUUUAAUAACGAGAUUGUACUUUGUACGUCUCUUAUAGCCCCACAUGAAUAUUUUAGAUUAAUACGCUGCACUAUCCCGAAGCUUUUAGUGGCUUUUUUUUUUUAUCGACAUACUUUUGCAUUAUCAGACAACAGAAUUUCUUACUUGCUUCUUCAACAGCAUCCAACAUUAGGUUACUCACUCUUGUUCGAUCUCUCUUCCUUCGUCACAGUUUCGUCACAAUUCCGGCCGAUAUAGUGUCUAGUACUACAACUUGCGGUGGACAGAUCAUGGCUGUGCGCGCUCAAUUCGAGAACUCCAACGAGGUCGGCGUCUUCGCGACUCUCACCAACUCUUACGCCCUGACCGCCGUCGGCGCGAGCGAAAACUUUUAUAGCGUCUUCGAGGCCGAACUGCAAGAUGUCAUUCCCAUUUGUAGAACUACGAUUGCUGGCACGCGCAUCAUCGGCCGGUUAACCGCGGGGAACCGCAAGGGUCUUCUCGUGCCUACUUCUACAACCGAUCAAGAGCUGCAACAUCUGCGCAAUUCCUUACCUGACGAGAUCAAGAUCCAAAGAAUAGAGGAGCGCCUGUCCGCCUUGGGAAAUGUCAUCGUGACAAACGAUCACAUAGCUCUAGUCCACCCGGAUCUGGAGCGCGAGACGGAAGAAAUCAUUUCAGAUGUCCUGGGCGUGGAGGUAUUCCGGCAAACGGUCGCCGACAAUGUGCUAGUCGGGAGCUAUAUGGCCCUGAGCAAUCAGGGCGGAUUAGUGCACCCGAAGACCAGUAUCCAAGACCAGGACGAGCUGAGCAGUCUCCUGCAAGUACCGCUCGUCGCGGGCAGCGUAAACCGAGGCAGCAACGUGGUGGGAGCCGGCAUGGUGGUCAACGACUGGUUGGCGGUGACGGGGCUGGACACGACGGCGACGGAACUGAGUGUUAUCGAGAGCGUCUUCAGGCUGGGCGAGGGCGCUGCGCCGGGCAACAUCGGCGGCAACUUGAAAGAUACCAUGGUGGAGAGUUUCUACUGAAGAGAGAGAGAGAGAGAGCCAACUUUUUAUAUUAUAUGGUUGGCCGGGACUUGGGGCUUCAAUUUACCUUAGGUACCUAACUAACCUAGUAUUGAGAUUUCGUGGGAGGUCUCGAGAGUAUGUCUACCUACCUUGAAAAAAACGCGAAUUUUCCGAUGGGAAAGACAGCGUUGCCGUUUGAUUGCGGACGAGAGAAUAUACCAGCCGCCCAUACUAGUAUGACGGACAGCUGAAUAUAAUUGAUAUCAGCUUUUAUGGGUUGUUAUACUAGGGAGAAAAGGGCAAUGGUAAUGAUAGGUUAGGUACCUACCUAGUUAUUCAACGGAGCACUCGGACCCAACUUGAAUCGAUCAGCUCUCGAUGACAAUA